CUGUGCAGAAACACAGAUAUUACACAGGAUCCCAUCUCACUGAGGACGUGUCGCUCAAUCCAAACUUCUGGAUUUUGAUACAACAAGAACCAGAAAAUGGCCAGCAUGAUCCCUAUAUUGCUGACAGGGCUCUGCUUCCUGUUGCUGGGGCCCACUUGCUGUAACAGCAGCAGGAUCCUGGUAGUGCCCGUUGAUGGCAGCCACUGGAUCAACAUGGAGGUGAUCCUCCAUGAACUGCAUUCCAGAGGCCACGAAAUCACUGUGCUGCGCUCCGCCCGGAGCUGGUACAUCCCAAGUAACUCUUCGAUCUACACUUCUAUUAAUGUGCCCAUGCUGGAGGAUGAGGCGGACUUGAACUACUACAAUAAAAUGCUACUAAAUGUUAUGGAAUGCCGCAGGUCGCUGACUUUUAUACGCACUUUCUGCCAACAGCGCUUGAUCACAUCCAUGUUGGCAAAGGGCCAUGAAAUCCUUGCUAGAGCGGUUGCCACAAUGUUAGAUGAUCCUGUUUUUAUAAAGAAGCUGCAAGAUAUUGAGUUUGACUUGAUGUUAACCGACCCUGGUCUGACUAUUGGGGUUAUUCUGGGUAGUUACCUCAAGCUCCCGAUGGUUUUUAAUGUGCGUUGGAUCAAUAAUGGUGAGGGCCAUUUCACCAUUGCUCCUUCUCCUGUCUCCUAUGUCCCUGUGUCAGGAAGUGAACUUCAUGACCAGAUGGAUUUCAUGGAAAGAACCAAGAACAUGUUACAUCAUCUCUAUAGUUUUGUUGAACAACACUACGUUAUUAACCCUGCCUACUCAGAUCUAUUCCAACAGCAUUUCCCUCCUGGAACUGACUUGCUGUCUUUGCAGCGUGCAGCUGAUAUCUGGCUGUUGAGGGCAGAUUUUGUCUUUGAGUUUCCUCGCCCCACCAUGCCCAACGUGAUCUACAUAGGAGGGUUCCAGUGCAAAAAGCCUGGUCCCCUCCCUGAUGAGCUGGAGGCCUUCAUGCAGAGCUCUGGGGAGCAUGGGGUGGUGGUCAUGUCUCUGGGGACGCUGGUGUCAGCACUGCCUCGUGAGACCACAGAGGCCAUCGCCGCUGCUCUUGCUCAGCUACCUCAGAAGGUGGUGUGGAAGUUUGUGGGUGAAAAGCCUUCAUCCCUGGGGAGCAACACCCUGCUGAUGAAAUGGCUGCCUCAGAAAGACCUCCUAGGACACCCCAAGACUCGUGCCUUUGUAGCCCACGGAGGCACCAAUGGCAUGUAUGAGGCCAUUUACCAUGGCGUGCCUGUUGUGGGCCUGCCCCUCCUCUUUGACCAGUUUGACAACCUGCUCCGGCUGAAAGUACGCGGGGCCGCUCGGGUGGUGGAAGCUGAAUCACUGACAAAAGAAGACUUCCUAGAGGCUUUAAAGGACGUCCUGGAGAAUCCCUCGUACCGUGACAACAUUCAGCGUCUCUCAGGGCUACACCACGACCGGCCAAUGUCUCCUAUGGACACCGCCAUCUUUUGGAUCGAGUAUGUUAUCAGGAACAAAGGAGCAGCCCAUCUGCACUCUGCAGGUUUUAGUCUGCCUUGGUACUCCUACUACUGCCUGGAUGUGGCUGUUUUCAUUAUGGCCAUCAUUGGGGCGUUUGUCUGGGCUUCAGUCUUAGUCUGUAAGAUUCUCUGCUGCCGAAAGUCCCGAAGAAAGACAAAAGCAGAGUAACUAAUUCAAACCUAACUCAUGCUUAGUGACUGUUUACUGGGGGAAUAAACACUCAAGCAUCCACAAAUAAGUGGAGUUUAACAGCUACUGACUCUCAUUUUAAGUUUGGAAACAGUUCUGCCUCAUAUCCUAAUCUUUAAAUAAUUAAAGGUUUUAAUCAUUGUAUAAACUGUUGUGAAAUGUUUGUCCUAGAUGAAGCCAAUCCAGAUAUAGAAAUGUUUUUUUUUGCCAAUCACAAAGAAUUGAUAGGUUGUUUGACCCCCAAAGAGAUUUGCCAGUUUCGGAAAUCACUUGUUGUCCUUUCAUGCUUUAAAAGACAUAAUGUGGAACUGUUGAAUAUUAUAGGAUUAGCCUAAACAAUUCAUCAUAUUCUGUUCUUGUCAAGCUUCAUAACUUCCUACUUCAAGCUAGUUAUCAUAUCUUUAUUAUGUAGAAGUGUACAGAGCCAUCAUUAUCAGUAUCUGUUCAACCAACACAAUGAGCUGUCUCUAUAUCAGGACAAAACAUAGCAAAACGGUUAUUUGAACAGAAACAGAGGUGCAUUGAACACCAUGUUAUGUUAUGCAGGUACACUGGCGUGGGAAAUACAUGUUUUCAUUGCUAAAGCAAGAGUAAAUUCUUACAAUACAAUUACAAUAAGUAAAGAUCUACUAGACAUGUAUCACUGCUGAGUGGGUAACACCUCUGACACACUCAACAAAUGAGAAAAAGGGUACCUCAAAGCCCAUUUUACACCAUUUUAAAGAAAUACGUUGUUCAACCUGCAAACUGUAGCAAAGCAGUGCUUCUGAAAUUUUUGAAAAGUUAAAUCUUUUCUAACCUAAUAUUUAUUGGCAAUGAAUUUAUCAUAAAAUAUAUUUCCUAGCCUGCUAUUCAUCUUUCUUUCUCUGUCUAAUUUUGUUUAUAACCAAACAAAAUUUUAUGAACAGUUUGAAAGCCUACCCUCAACCCUUUAACAGGGGACAUUGAUCAGCCAGAAACUUACAAGAAUGUUUUAUACAUCAAAUGAUUCCAUUUCGCAUUGUAGAUAGAAUCUAUUUGCAGUAAAGACAUGUAGAAAAUACAUCCUUCAGUGGAAGGAAAUAAGUUUAAA